AUGCUUCUUACAGAUCCGAACAAUUAUUACCGGAGACGAAAUGAAGUGACCACAACAGACAACCUGGACUUCAGACACCACAGUUAUAAGGAGAUGAGACAGCUGAUGAAGGUGGUGAAUGAAAUGUGUCCGAACAUCACGCGCAUCUACAACAUCGGCAAGAGCUACAACGGACAGAAACUCUACGCCAUCGAGAUCUCAGACAACCCUGGAGAACAUGAGCUCGGUGAGCCGGAGUUCCGCUACACGGCUGGUUCUCACGGUAACGAGGUUCUGGGCCGGGAGCUGCUGCUGCUGCUGAUGCAGUUCAUGUGUCAGGAGUAUCUGAGCAGAAACACACGCAUUCGGCGGCUCGUGGAUGAGACACGCAUCCACCUGCUGCCCUCCGUCAACCCCGACGGCUACGAGAAGGCCUGCGAAGCGGGCUCGGAGCUCAGCGGCUGGUCUCUGGGCCGCUGGAGUCAGGACGGUCUGGACAUCCAUCACAACUUCCCUGAUCUCAACUCGGUUCUGUGGGACGCAGAAGCCCAGAAAUGGGUCCCGCGCAAAUUCCACAACCACCACGUGCCCAUCCCGGACUGGUACCGCUCCACAAACGCCACCGUGGCGGUGGAGACGCGCGCUCUGGUGUCGUGGAUGGAGAAGAUCCCGUUCGUGUUGGGAGGGAACCUGCAGGGAGGAGAGCUGGUGGUGACGUUCCCGUUCGACCGCACGCGCUCAGUGACGGCGCUCCGUGAGGCCACGCCCACCGCUGACGAUCACGUGUUCCGCUGGCUGGCCUUCUCCUACGCCUCCACUCACCGGCUCAUGACCCACGCCAGCCGCAGGGUCUGCCACACCGACGACUUCGCCAAGGAGGACGGCACCAUCAACGGAGCCUCGUGGCACACGGCCGCAGGAAGUAUGAAUGACUUCAGUUACCUGCACACUAACUGCUUCGAGCUCUCCAUGUUCGUGGGCUGCGAUAAAUUCCCACACGAGACCGAACUACCGGAGGAGUGGGAGAACAACCGCGAGUCACUGCUCGUCUUCAUGGAGCAGGUGCAUCGUGGGAUCAAAGGUGUCGUCAGAGACGUUCAGGGCAAAGGAAUCGCUAAUGCCAUCAUCGCUGUGGACGGAAUCAAUCACGACAUUCGCACAGCGUCUGACGGUGAUUACUGGCGUCUGCUGAACCCCGGGGAGUACCGCGUGACGGUCCGCGCCGAGGGCUUCAGCGUCAGCAGCAAGGUUUGCUCGGUGGGAUACGACAUCGGUGCCAGCAGGUGCGACAUUGUGCUUGGCCGCUCCAACCUGUCACGCAUCAAAGAGAUCAUGCAGAAGUUCAACAAGCAACCAAUCAGCAUGAGACAGCGACUGAGACAGAGACACCUGCUGGACACAUAGAGAGGUGUGUGUGUGUGUGUGUGUGUGUGUGAGAGAGUGUGUGUGUGUGAGUGUGUCAGUGUGUGUGUGCAAGUAUGUGUGUGUCAGUGUGUGUGUGUGCGCACGCACGACUGAUCCUCCUCAUGAGAGAUUCUUUCCUGGACUGAACACAAGCGUCUGAUGUUCACUAAUAAUCACCUGUAUUGUGUACAGGAGCUGUUUAUCAAGAGAAUAUUUUAUAGUUUCAUAUCAUCUUCUGUUCUUUGAUGUUUUUUGGCUUUAAUAUAUUUCUGCUGAAUCAGAUCAUUUUUCCAUCUUUUCUAAUAGGUUCAUUAGCGAGUGGAUGUGAUGUGAGUCCAGCUCUGCUCUGUGAUGUACGUUAUAAGCUUAUAGACUUUCAUAGAAAUUAAUUUCUCCCAUUAACUUUGAAGUAACUCAUUCUUAAAUGGGUUCUUACACACAUUAGAUAAUUUCUUGAACAGUUUCUGUUCCAUGUAAAGCAGUGGAGCAGAUGCUUGCAACCACAGGGUCACGGGUUCGAUUCCCUGCAACUGAAUGAACAGAUUAAAUGUUUGUUUGGAUAAAAGCCUUAUCUCAGUGUCUGCUGAUAGUUUUUUUUAAUGCUGUAACAUCUCCACAAGAUCAUCAUCUUCCUUCAAAAUAUUAUUUGAAAUGUUUCAUUGAAAAUUCCAUGUCAUUUCUGAGAAUGUAAUGAAUAUUCUCAACAAAUACUAUCAUCAACAUGUAUUGAAUGUUCUCUAUUAAUACAGCAGCAAUAAAGCUUCAGAA